AUGCCGCAGCAACGACCGCGCCAGAAUCCUAUAAGAUCAAUACCACAAGUUUUGAUCUAUCCCACAAGAGAUAAUGUGCACGCCUGCUUAUAUCCCUUCAAGGGAGUGAUUUAUUUUGCAGCGCAUCCGUUCCUAUACCCUCUAUUGAAGGCUCGACUUCUCCCUGCGUUUCUUCUCAGCUUAUUUGUCUAUAUAAACCUCUUUCUCUGGGCCUACCUCCCCCAGGUAGCGUUCCUAGCGCUCUUUCACCGCGGAGGAAGCGCAUGGGUGAACGGUACAUUCUUGGUACUGGGAGAGGGUGCUGCUGCAGUAGCCAUACUCUUUGAGUGCUUUCUGGUGGACGAGUCGCAAGUCGACAUCUUCGAUGCGGUCUUGGUUCACAAAGGCUACGACGACCUCGUCAGCCAGUUCAGGCCGGUGUCCGAAGACUCCUUGAACAAUCCGGUCCAGCGCCUUGGUAAACCAACAAGGUCUUCGGUCUAUGGUCCCUUCUCGUUCCGCCAGAUUGCCGAAUUCGUCAUAUUGCUUCCGCUCAACUUCGUGCCUUACGUCGGGGUGCCGUUGUUCCUCUUCCUGACGGGAUAUCGCGCCGGGCCUUUGCAGCACUGGCGAUACUUCAACCUACGUGGAUUUGAUAGGAAGGCGAGGGAUGCUUUUGUGAAGAGGCGACGAUGGCAAUAUACCUGGUACGGUGCAGUCUAUCUGAUGUUGCAGCUCAUUCCUGGCUUUAGCAUGUUAUUCUUGCUCACUGCAGCUGUGAGCUCUGCACUAUGGGCAGCAGACCUUGAGACUGUGCGUCGUCGACGAGAAGCUCAGGCUUCCCCUGCACAAGGGUACACGGAUGAUGAUGCAACGCCUGAGGAAGCCGUGUAG